AUGGAUAUUCCUGAUGAACAAAAAGUUAAAAAUUAUCACAUUUUUUUAGAGGUUAGCAGAGAAUUACCACAUGUAGAAAUUUCAUUAUUAUUUGAUUUAAUUUCAUCAUUCCAUAAUUCUUCGGAUUUAAUAAGUUUUUUAAAGGGUGAUGACUCUAACUACCAGCAAUCAAAUACAAAUAGCAGAUCAAAUACUACAACAACAACAACAACAACUACUACUACCAAUAAUAGUAAUAAUAAUAAUAAUAAUAAUCAUAAAGUUAGAAAAAUUCAUAACCCAGUUUUGGAUGCUGUAGGUUCAAAUCAAUAUUCAAAUGAGAGUAGUUACGUACGAGAAGAAAUAAUAAAUGAAAUAUUAGAAUGGGGACCAUUUCAAGUAUGUGAAUGGUUAAAAAAUAAUAAUGUACUUGGAAGUCUUAUUCCAAUAUUUGGAAGUAUCGACAAGUCCGGUUUAGCACUAUUAGAAAUUGAUGAUAUAGAGGAAAAAUCUGAAAGAUAUGGAAUAUAUACUUUUGGUCUUAAAAAGAAUCUCAAAUACGAAAUGAACAGAACUUUGGGAAGAAAAAAUCCAAUCACAGAGAAUUUAAACAACAAAAAAAUUUUAGAUUUAAAUAUGGGCCAAGUUUCAGAAUUAUUACGUCAAAAUAAUUUAUCAACAUUAGUACAAACAUUUGAAGAAAACCAUAUCAAUGGUAUAGCAUUAUUAUAUUUGAAAAAUGAUAGUUUAGAUAUCAAUAGUACAGAAAUAUUCCAAAGAAAUACAAAUAUAUUAGGAGUUGAUUUUAGUUAUGCAGUUGCAGAUAUCAAAGUAGAUCAAGAUAUUUAUCUCUAUGAUUUGCUUACUUGUAGUAGUUUUAAAUGUCCAGAUACCAUAAAUUCAACUAUAGAUUGCUCUUGUGAUUAUACAGAAAAAGGUAAUUGUCCAAAGGUAAACCCAUUGUGUAACAAAGAAUGCCCUGACAAUGAAAACUAUCAGUGUGAUGGUGAUUGGAUAGUGCUGGAACAGAUGAAUAAAGAAUAUGAAUAUACAAUAAAUACAAAAACACAAUUCAGAUUUAAGGCAAAUGGCACUCAUUGUAAUGGUAUUAGUCUAAAGGUAACUUCUAUCAGUGGCUAUGGUUAUUCAUCAAUUGGUUCAAAUUUACUUUCACAAAACAUUAGAUCUAAUAAUGAGAGGGCUUACGGAGGUGAAGCAUUUCAAAGAAAUAUAAAUUUUAAUAUUUGCCCCAAUGACAAUAUUGAGUCGUUUCUUAAAAAACAACUAGAAUCGUGGACAACCGAUACUUAUUUUAUUGUAAUUGAACCAAUUGAAGGUUCUUUUACAUUUUCUUUAAUCAUCAACUCAAUAGAAAUUAAAGAUAGUGAUCCUUCUGCUGAACCAUGUCAAAUAAUCCAUCCAUCUCAUAGAUGUAUCAAUCUUAAUGAACAAAAUUUAUUAUAUAUCUCACGUCCAAUUUUUUUCACUCUUCAAAUAACCAAACCAGAUUAUUAUUAUAUUAGUUUACCAAACGUUGACUCUUUCUCUGUUCUUUAUAUUUCUGAUGACGAAAAUAAUAAAUACCCCGAUUUAUAUAACUCAACAUAUCAAUUAUUAGAACAAAGGGAAAAUAAACUAUUGUUAUAUUUAGAACCAAUAAAUAGUACACAUCCAUUAAUACUUUAUAUAAGGCUAGCUCCAAUUUAUGCUUCAGGAGUAAUCUUUUCUGUUAAUAACUAUGGAAUUAGAUAUCAAUACCCACUUUCAUCAUCUCGAUCAGUUCAAGCAGGUUAUUUUGAUUUAAGAGCUACAUCAAAACUGUUAUUAAAUGAGAAAGCUUUUUACACUCAAAAUUUCAUAAUAACUUUAUCUCUUGAAAAGAGCCUGUUUUUUAAUUUGUUCCCUCAGAAAGAUUUAAACCCUGUAUAUCAAGACCCUUAUUUUAUUGGUACAAAGAUAAAAAAUGUCAUUCCAAGUUAUAAUUCUUUUAAACCAAAAUCUUUUCAAAUUUCUUUUUUACUUGACAAGAAAUCAAAUUUAUUUUAUGAGAAAUAUCUAGAUUUUGAAACUUUGGAAAAAAAUUCAACAUUUGUAAUUAAUCAACAUUUAUUUAACAAAGAAGGAAAGCAAAUAAAACUAAUAGUAAAAUUUAAAUCAUCAAAAGAAUCCAAUGAAUGUAUUAGUGAAGAGUAUAAGGAGAUUAGUAAUUUAAUGAAUAAUGUUUCAGCUUUGUUACUUAAAAGUUCAAACGAAAUUGAUACAAAUAGUUAUAGAUUUGCUUUAGAUACCCUUUUAAAUAGUAAUGCUUGGUUAGGUUGUCAAAAUAAAAUUAACAGUUUUUAUCAAUCUGAUUUUGUCCAAAUCAAAAAAUCCAUUUCAAAUUGCCCAUAUACUAAUAGUAACGAUCCUCUAUAUAUUUCAAACCCAUGUUGCAAUAAACAACUCAGUUAUUAUCAAUGUUGCAACCCCUUUUUAACAACAAUCAACUCAACAAAAAAUAUCGGGUUUAAUUAUGAUUUAAUUAAUGACCAAUGUUCAAGUAAAGAGUGCACAAUUUCUGUAUUAUCAGAAUAUAAUAAAACUAUUUUAAAUAUUGAUGAGUGUUCAACUAAAGCCCUCGACUUAACCGUUGCCAAUUAUAGUGUUGUUUUGGCUAUUAGGGAAUGUAAAGAUGUACUUGCAGCCCCCCAUUGUUCAAAAGAUUCUGACUGUAUCAAUUAUGGGUCCAAAAAGUGUGACCUGUAUCAAAGAGUUUGCGAAUCAGAUUUUGAAGUGAUCGAUAGAGAAUAUAUAAAGUGUGUUUUAAAGAAACUGCCAAUUGGAACUCUAUUUUAUUUUAUAAAUGGAACAACUAUAGUUAAUGAAACCACAAUCAAUAAUGUGUACCAUCAACAUUUAUCUCUAGAUUGCAUCGGAAGAAAGUCCAUAUAUAACCGUUCAACUUAUUCCUAUAUUGCAAACUAUCAAGACUUUAAUUGUAAAAUUAAAAGAGGUUGUUUAGAUUCUACCUGCAUGAUUGAUUUUGAUGUUUGUUAUCUUGGCUAUUCUUUUCAAUUAGAGUCCAAAGAAAUAGAAUGUAGCUCAUUUGGCUAUUGUCCAUCAUUGCCAUGCGAAAACUCAGAAGAAUGUAGAGCUCAGUGUGAUUCAGUAUCGUCAUUUUGCGGUUAUUGUUCAAAUGACAAAUGCUAUAGCUUGGAGAAUAAGGACCAAACCUCGUGCCAAUCUCAAAACAUUUGCAUUUUACCCAAUGGAUCUUAUUUAACAAAUGUGACAUCAGAAAAAGAGUGCAGGGAAAGUUAUGGAAAGUGCACACAUGGGUGCGGUAAAAAAUGUGUUUAUAUUGGUGGUACGGAGGAAAAUGAAUAUUCUGGUUGUUUUUCAAAUGACCAAAACCAGUUUUGUGUAAUAGCUGGUGGUAAUUUUUCAAAUGAAUAUGGAAUAUGUUUUUUUCAAAUGGAUAAAGAAGAAUGCGAAGCAUCAAAUUUCAUUUGGACAGAUUGUUCAAACAAACCUUUAGGCGAUUGUGCAGGAGAUAAGGGUAGUUUAGGUAGUUGUUUUUCAAAAGACAUAGAAUGUACCUCUGAGCAACAAUGUAAAGAUCAAUCUGGUAUAUGCUCUGAUGAUUCUUAUUUUAAAGGGGGAAGUAUAACUUUAUCAAACAGUUUAGGAAGGUGUGUCCGUCCACCUAACGAUCCGAAUUAUUUUUGUAAUCCUGCAAACCAUCGAUAUUCUCCAUUAGGAUGCUAUUUAUUUACCGCUCCUAUGAAUAAGGAACAAUGCUCGGAGGCUGGCUUUAAAUGGUGGAAACCUUCUAUAAAUAAGGAUGAAUGCUUAUCACACUUGGGUUGUAAAAUUUUGGUACCAUUCGGAUCAUCAUAUUCUUUUUAUUUUAAUGGGAUGGAUAAAGAUCAAUGUUUAAACUGUAACAAUUCUUUGAAUGAAUUCACAAAUAAAUUCGCAUGGGAGGAGGGAGAAUGGUUACCAGGAAUUUAUGUUUCAACGCAAUGGUUUACAACACCAACUCCAUAUGUUUCUAAUCAAAUUAAAAAAACCUUCAAUUAUGAAUUAUUUUAUUCAAAUAUAAAAAAAGCAUUAGGUUCUCAAAAUUCUGAAUUGUAUCGUACAGAAUCGUUAUGUAGAAUUGAAAGAAUUAGAAAAUCAUUAGAUUCUUUAGUAUGCAGCUGUGGGGAUGGAUCAUCUUGUUUUGAAUCAUCAAUUCCUGUUAUUGGAAUAACCAAGGUAUGUCCAUCGCUGCAAUCAAACUUUUCUUUUGAAAUUGGAAGACUGGAAUUUAGCAAUGAUUCAAUUCAACAAACAUGCCAAACACUCACAAUUUCCCAAAUUAAUAAAGGAAUCUAUACAUCUACAGUAUCUGAUUCUUUAGCAUCAAACUUUGUAUCCUAUAAUAAACCAGAUAACUUUGCAGUUUUAAAUUCUAAAAAAGCUAUAAUUGGCACAUUAAUCAGCGAUGGUAUCAUGAUUUCCUCAAGAUCAGGCAUUAGUAAUAUUAAUAUUUGUUUCAAAAUUUCAACUUUAUCUGAAACUAUUAACAAAAAAUAUACUGUUUUAGACAUUGCAAUACAAAAAGAGAAUCAAUCAAUCCCAACUCCAUUAAAUCUAGAUAGUUAUAAAGUGUCAGACUUUUACUGCACCAAUGUACUCAAUGUACCAGAAGGAAAUCCAAUAUAUUUUCAAAUUAAUCGUUUAGUUAACUGGGAAAAUAACAAAAAAGAAUUAUUUGAUCAACAAACAAUAGGGCUGAUGUAUACUCUUGCAGUUCUUUUCCUUUUAGUUUCAUUGUUUGGAUUCUAUCAAGUCAUUACAAUUAUAUAUUUAUACAUAAAGAAAGUUAUUUUAUCUUUUCAACUUAUUCAGCUUAUAACCAUUACAGUUACAGUAUUUAUUACAAUUAGAUCAGUUGAAGGAAAACUUUUAAACAAUCCAAUACUAGACUAUAUUCUUGUUGUGCUACCCACUUUUAUUUAUUUUUCAACUUUUAGUAUUGUACUCUCUCUUUGGUUUAUGAUAGUUUAUUUGGUACAAAAAAAAAACAGAAAUACAGUAACCCUUUUAAAAAGACUGCAUAUAAUUGUACUCUUUAUAAAUGUUUUACUCUACCUUUUCUUUAUUGGAAUCAUUUUAAUCUAUCAAUAUUCCAAAGUUAUACCAGAUAAUCAAUGUGGGACCCGUUUAUUUAUUCCCAGCCAAAUUUCAAAUACACAAAAAGCAAUUAGUAUUUCAUAUGCUGUAGUUCAGUCAAUUAUUUCUUUGGUUUUUGCAAUUUUAUUUGUUUAUUUAGGAAGAAGUCUCUACAAAACUUUAAGUUUGAAAUCCAUCAAAACCUUAUCUAACUCUGAUCACCAACAAAAAAUAUUCGUAGUUUCAAUUGUUUGCAGUAUAGGAUUCAUACUUCAUUGUAUAUUUGUAUUAGUACUGGUAUCAAAUAUAAACUCAAUUGUUUUUAGUUUCAUAGGUCUAGUAAUUACAGAGUUAGCCCCAACAGUGGCUUUAUUAUAUUGUUUUAACCCAGGAACAUUUACAAAUAAAAUAAAAGAAAAACACCAAAUAAAUUCAAAAGAAAUAAAAAAAAUAUCAAGCAAUAGCUCCAAUAAUCCCCAUCAAAAUUAA